AAGCGGGUGUUUCUUUGGAAACCAGGUGAUACAAACUUUCUUUCCUCGGUUUGGCGACAUUUAAAAUGAGCAAGGAUUAUUGUAAAUAUGACAUGGCGCGGCUGCGCACUGAACUUGAACAGGAACGAGAAAUCAAAGACAUGUUGGAAGAGUCGGUACGGGACCUCCGGUGCACAAUGAGGGAACUUCAGGACAGGCUUCAUAGUGUCGACGGGGAAGACAACGAGUGGAAGACCAGAUACGAAACUCAGACUGAGCUCAACGAACAGCUACAAAGGCAACUCACUGUCAUUCACGAUAGACUGGAAGACCUGCGUGGGAACCCAGUGGAUCGACUGGCUUCUAUCCGAUCCUACGAUGACAUGCCUUCUGAGUCGCUGAGGCAUCACCUCAAGCUGCUCACCGACGAAAAGUCGGGUCUCAAGAGUCAACUGGCCGACUGUCGCGUCAGCAUUGAACAGGAGUCAAAGGCGUUCCAUAAAACCAACAAUGAGAGGCGAGCAUACCUCUCAGAAAUUGCCAUGUUAUCCUCCACGGUGGACGCCCAAAGGAGGCAGUACUCCAUGCAGCCACGGAGGGCCACAGAAAGCAAACUGAGAGCAAAGCAGCCAAGCAGGAAGUCUGAGGCUGACACUAAAAAGGGAAAAGCUGGAGAGCGUGACGCCGGAGGAUGUGUGAGAGGAGGAGGAGGUGGAAAAGGAGAGGUGAAGAAAUCCCACAUUGGAAGCAGGUUGCCCACCCUCAAGCAUCACGUGAAACAGUGACUAACGCAGCAUCUUCCUGAGGAACUAUCACACUUGAACCAAAAAAAAAAAUCUUUCUACCACAUGCAUAUUACUUGAGUGAGGCCGCUUCCAACGCACAAGUCAUCACCCACGUAUGCACACACAGGUCCACAGAAACCCGGUGUAAGAUACGGCCUGCUGAGCAUUGGUCUUUUGUUGCUCGAUCAUGUCAUUCAGAUGUUAAAAAACGAUGAUUUUUUCCAAGGUAAGAGGCAGGAAUAUUUGUUUAAUGUGCCAGUGAAUAGUUUCAGAUCGUCUUUCUACCUGUGUUACUGCAGCGUUUGUGUUUAAAUGUAUGUAGUUUAAAGGAUUAUAACACCGCCAUGUAGUUGCUAUUUGUUAGUCUGUCAAUUGUGUUUUGCGUUGUCAGUUUUAAAAUUUAUUCUGAUUAUUUUGGACGAAAUGAUUUGCGUGGUUUACUGCGACGCAAAAGCAGGCAGUACUCCUCCAUGCAGCCACAGAGGGCCACAGAGAGCAAAAUGAGGUCAGAAAGUUGGGUCAAAUUGACCCGAUAAGUGAAUCGCCCUAGUUUUGACCUAAAUUGGGUUAAUAUUGACCUCAUUUUUUUUCAUAGAAUGUUUGAUCUAUGUUUAGUUUACCUCCAACUGGGAGUGGAAAUAAACGGCAUUAAGUGU